AUGAAGCCGAUACGCAAAAGAUCAUCUAUCUACCAAGAUGUCGACUCCACUUUCACCGUAAGUUUUGAAUUCAUUUUUCAAACAUUCAUGAAGUAAAAAAAUGUAAAAAAAGUAUACCCUGACCCAAAUUUUUGAUUUUAUUUUUCCUGAAAUUUUUCCGAUAGGUUUUGUUAUAAAAAAGUUUUGGUCAAGAAAAUGAAAAAAUCGACAAUUUGAAGAAACAAAAACUAACUCUUCUCAUCCAUCAAAGCAGAUGGCUCAGCAGACUUUUCUCGACAAUUUUAUGCACGCGAGUCUUCGUCUUCUCUUUUCUUAUCUCUCAGACAAAGUUACGUCAGAACUCAAAGAUCAACCUUGAGUCCAGUCGAAAAACUCGAAGCUGUCAACAAAAACUCAGGAAGUAAAAUCAGCGUUUUUGUUUCGAGUAAUUAAGAAAUAAAAAAAAACCUUUUGCCUGAAAAAAGUGCUGUGCCAAAAAAAAUAUUCAAAAGGAAAAAGAUAAAAUUCUCGGAAUUUUUCUCUGUCUAGCAUAUAUUGCAUUAUUGCAAAAAAACUAUAUAAAAUGGCUUUUAAAAAAAUUCGGUCCAUUUAUAGUAAAAAAAGUUUUUUUAACUUGAAAAAAAUAAAUAAAUAAAUGAAUAAAUUGUAAUGAAAAACAAUAAAAUUAACAAACUAUUGAAAAACUUUGAGCGGAAGAAAAUUAAUUCUUUUUCAGGCGCACUUUCUUCUGUUUUUUUAUUCUCUUUGGUGAGAAUAAGGUCCUUUAAAUUUAAAUCAGGAACGAUGUUUCCAAUUCAUGCUCAGUUUCCUGUUGAGCCCUUCAUUUGAGCUUCGAAAAGAACCUCUGUCUGACGAAGGGCGUACCACCUUGUGAAAAAAACAAAAUAAUGACCUAGCUGGAGCGGAAUUAUUUACAUGAUUGUAGACGCAAGACAAUUAAGUCCUGGCAUAGGCCGGAAGUUCAACUUUUCCAUUAUUCAGACACAAAAAAGAAGGAAACGAGAUCCGGCGGAGGUUGAACGCUGGGCUUUCCGGGUUUUGUUUGUUCUGUGAAAACCGAGAUGAUUCUGCGUGCGAGGCGUCGGGUUGAAAUAAAAGGCUCCUUACACGGUGAUGUCAUUUUGGGAAUGCUCAGAAUGAUUCCAUCGCUGUUUGAAAAUCUUCCCGUUCAGCUAAGCAUUAGUAGAGCGUUUUUUCUUUUGUGCCCUCAAGCUUAAUUUGUAAAUAUCUAGGUUCGGGUGUUUCGAGGUUUGUGAAACAAAAAUUUUGCACAAAUUAUCCGUCUUUCCAGCUGAACUUCACGUGUCCUUUUAAUCCAGAAUCAACAAAAAAAUAUGCCAAACCAAAAAAACUAACAAUUUUUAUAAGAAAACUUGAAGGCUCAUUUAAAAUUUCAAGGGAUCUUCAGUUUCUGUUAUAAAACGUUUAGUAUCUCUAGUAAACGUUAAAACAAACUGCGCGUCAAUUACCGAGAAGGUCUUGAAUUUCGGCAUGUAGAAUUAUUCAAGCUAAAGCGCCAUGGUUUCCGCUGCAAUUAGACGUGUUUAACGUUUUUUUCGGAAUAUUUAUCUAGAAGCUUCUGCCAUUGAAGACAUUUUUCUUAUUUUUUUAAUAGAAUUGAACUCAAUUUGUUUUUGAUAUGUCAUUCAAUUUAAUGCGGUUUUUUUAUUGAGCAUAAAAUUAAUGAGGUGAAUCUUUCUGAAACCAAUAUUAAAAAGGAGGAGGCAUGAAAGCAGAAAAACGUUCAGUUUCUGAGAGCGUUUUCUUGGCGUUUCUUGGCACGUUUUCUCCGUUGAUUAUGAAUAUCCAUGGCGCGAACUUUUCGCUUGAAAAAGCGCGACAAUUUAGGCUUUCCAAGGGUGCCAAAAAGUGCAGCCUAGUCGCCGUUAUAAUUAUCCUCAAAGCGUGCGCUUUCUUCAUCCUUCCAGAAGAGUAGGAAAUGAGUUUUUCGGCUUCAUAUGUUCAUAUAGGGCCAUCAAUUGAGGUGCGAGGGGCACGUGUGAGAAUCCAGCUCAAUUUAUUCUCUCCAUCAUGGUUUUGGCUGUUUUUUCAACAGCGAUGCUCGCCAUUUGAGAUUUUUUUUUUGGUCGUCGCUUUGAAUAGCAGCAAAACUGCAAUCGAUGUUUUAUCACUAAAAAUGGAAAGCGCAUAAGUGAAAAUCUCUCAGAACUAGUACACUUCCCUUUUUUGAGACAAAUUUGUAUAGAUGAAAAAAUAAAAGUUGUCGUUUCACUCUCUCACUACAUCAGGUAUUACGACAAGUGAUGCAUCAUUUUUCCCUACUUUAUUUUUAGUCACUCCUUUUAGACCUCAUCGUUUUCAACUGACCCUCUUGUUGAGAAGUUUUCUGAGAGCGCUAAAACUCGUUUGAAAGUUCGAGGGUGUGAAGUAACGAAUUCAGAAAAGGCGGAACCUUGAAAAUGUGAACUCCGAGAUUUUGCGCCUAGGAAUGUAGAAGGAGCCACUCACCUCCUUCUUUCUUUUUUUUUGGGAAGAAGCACAAGGGCCAAAGAGAGAAAAUAAACGGCUGCCCGUUGCAAUUCCACAGCGAUUCGUGGUUCCAGAGUACCUCUCGUGUCAGAUAAAAACCUCUGUUUCUUUUUUUUUUUCAUACCACGCUUCUUCAUGGCAGUCGCCAUCUGUCCUUUCAUUCCGCAUAUAACGCUGUCUUUGUGAAUCCGCCGUUGCCAGAUAGUCUACAUCUUUCAAAUAUCUUUUUUUCAUUUUGAAUUUUGAGAGGUUCUCUGAUUUGGUUUCAACAUGAAGAUCGAUCUAGAUGUCGACACAACGCUCAAGGUGAACUCUAAAAUGAUGGAAGUUUAUCAUCUGGAGUCGUCAGAUCGAUUUCAUGACAAUCUUUCAGUCAUUUCAAAAAAAAAAAAAUAUAAUUUCAAAAAAGCCCACCUUCGUAUAAAAUAGUCAAGAGAAAUUCUUAAGUCCAUUAGUUUGUUCAGCAAUCAUAAACUCUCAGAGUUGGCUUCCAGGAAACGAAGAUAAUCAUUAAUUUUGUUUUUUUCUGUAUCGAAAUCCUUUUUAGGAAGAUAUCAAAAGCGCGAUUAUCCGCUAUUAACUUUUACGGAGUCAAAGAUAUUUUUGAGAGAAAGAUUUUAUAGCUGAUUACAAGAAAGCUUUAUCUUUUAUGAUUCGGUUUGGUGGAAAAAGAAACCAAACCCGAAAAUCUGAAUAUUUGGAAAUUUUGCAGGUGAUGCUGCUAGGCGACAGUUGCACUGGAAAGACUUGUCUUCUAGUGAGGUACAAAGACGGCGCUUUUUUGAACAACAAUUUCAUUUCCACGAUAGGAAUCGAUUACAGGGUAGGCUGGGAGAGAGAGAGAAACGGAAGAUAGUUUGAGUUUCAGAACAAAGUGAUCGAGCUUGAUGACAAAAAGAUCAAUCUUCAGGUAAAGUUCCAGUGACAAAAACUUUUGGGUGUUUUAAUGUUCAUAAAAACCAACAAAACUCCUGCAAACUAUAUGACAUAACUUGAAUAGAAUGUUCUCUCUGCUGCGCCUCGUUCUCUGUCAAAAAGGGAUUUUCGUUUGCCGUGCUAAAUUCUAUGUAUGAUUUUUCCAUUAAAAAAGCAAGAAAGCACCUAGUUCAAACUUUUUAAAAUUUUGGCAAAUGGUGUACAUCAUCUUUCAACAAAAAUAGUUUGAGAUUUGGGAUACGGCCGGACAAGAAAGGUUUCGCUCGGUUACCGCUUCGUACUACCGUGAUGCUGAUGCACUGCUUCUGGUCUACGACAUCGCCAAUCGAACCAGUUUUGAGAACAUUCGCGUGGGUCAACAGCUACCUUUCAGGAUCAUAUCAUGCUUUUUCUUUUCCUAUCUAAAGUAGAAAAAUUCUGGAAACAGUUUUAGAUAUAGUCUUCCACGUUUCUCAAUUGUCAAUUCUUCCAAUUAUCGAAAACCAAAUUUAGAGUUGGCUGGCACAGAUAAAGGAGUAUGGCAAAGAUGCUGUCGAAGUGAGCUUGGUGGCAAACAAAUGUGAUCUUGGAAGUGCGAGAAAAGUUAAAUCAGAAGAAGGAAGGCACUUGGCUCAGGUGAAAAAAAAAGAAGCUCAGAAAAAAAAAAAAUAUUUUUAGGCCUACGGUAUUCCUUAUAUUGAGACAAGUGCAAAAACUGGACAUAACGUCAGCCAAGCUUUCACGGAUAUUGCAAGGUUGGUUUUAAGAGUACUUUUGAGAAUUUUAUCAAGCUCACUAGGAUUAAGCUAUUCUUUGAAAUAUUCGCUCCGGUUUCAAAACUGUCAGGAGCUUUUAUACGGUUCCUGUGUUGGAAAAACGUCAUAUCAAACUUCAGAAAUACUCCGUUCAAGUAUUUCUCAGACCACCACAGUGAUAUGGUACUUUUCAUCAAAAAACGUCAUCAUUAACAUCAUUUUUUGAGAAAAAAAAAAUGGCAGGUGUUCCUGUCGGAAGAAAAUGUUGAAGUAAGUAGGCCAAAGUAGUUGAAGCAUAUCGUUUUGGGCAAGGCCAAAUCUUAUUACGCCAGAUCAAAAACCAAGUUUUACUACGCUAGGUCAAAACCCCUUUCAACUUUUUUCAAAUCGUAUAAAACGUCAUAGUACUUGAAGAAACCUUAGAAAAAAUCUAUGUUCCCCGUCCAUUUCGCAUCAAAAGUUCUACAUAUAUCCGGAGCCUCCGUCAAGCAACGAGGGCGUCGCUAAUACUUUUGGAGGGGAUGAGUGCCGUGACUAACGCCCCUCAUCCCGCUUCGAUUCGGUUUAAUCCGCUGCUGAAAUGUUCUAUUCAAAGAAAUUCCCCGAUUACGGGAAAUUUUCUCAGUCAUAAUGCAUAUCUCGAAUCACAUGUCUGGGCUGGAUUAGUAGAGUGAACUAUGAUUAUUCAGCAAACAUUAAACAAUUUUGUUGUAGAAAAUUCUUUCAAUUUUCAGACGUGUGAUGGCUCAUAAACUCGGAGAACCGUACACAGGAAGUGCCGUCGUGGAUUUGGCCACAAGCGAGCCUCAAUGGAAGUGCUGCAGCUACUACUGA